CUCGUUGCGCGUCCUUAUAAUUUGGAGAGGUGUAUGCAGCGCACGGCCCGUUCGCCUUUCAGGUGGAAAUCCAGGAGGAGCCGCGACCAAAUUUAACUGGGACGACUGGUGAACCCGAUUCAGGACAGGUGAAAUUCCCAGCAGGCUGCUUUUAAGGCCACAGGAUCGAUUCAGAUGUAGGGAAAUCCAGCGUACCUCCGCUCGGGUCAUGGAUGAAGGAUUGCACCGAGGAGUUUUAACUUGAAACUGACCUUCAGGAGUUCCAGGGAUAUUGGCACCUUUUGGAUUCAGCUGUUUGUAUUAUCUUUUUUUUUUCUAAAAAAAAAGAAAAAAAAGUUGAUUGAAACAAAAAAAUCCACGAUGAAAACGAGGCAAAACGGAGAGGAAUCAGUCAAACCGCUGAUGUGAAUGACCACCGCCUCAGACCAGCGAGGAUAUAUAUAUAUAAACAUAAAUAUAUAUAUAAGCAGUGAAAAGGCGCCGAAAUGAAGGAGAAAUCCAAAACGGCCGCAAGGACUAGACGGGAAAAGGAAAACAGUGAAUUUUAUGAACUGGCCAAAAUGCUGCCUCUGCCGUCGGCCAUCACCUCUCAGCUAGACAAAGCCUCCAUCAUAAGACUGACAACGAGUUACCUGAAGAUGAGAAUUGUUUUCCCUCAGGGUCUGGGUGAGGCUUGGGGUCAUGCAAGUCGAACAAGAUCUUUGGACAAUAUUGGACGAGAGCUGGGAGCUCAUUUACUGCAGACGUUGGACGGGUUCAUCUUUGUUGUGGCUCCGGAUGGGAAGAUCAUGUACAUUUCGGAGACGGCGUCUGUCCAUCUAGGACUCUCUCAGGUAGAGUUGACUGGGAACAGUAUUUAUGAGUACGUCCAUCCUGCCGACCACGACGAGAUGACAGCUGUCCUCACGCCACAUCAGCCCUAUCACUCGCAUUUCGUGCAAGAAUAUGAAAUGGAGCGCUCUUUCUUUCUGCGGAUGAAGUGUGUGCUGGCAAAAAGAAACGCAGGACUCACGAGUGGUGGAUAUAAGGUGAUCCACUGCAGUGGCUACCUGAAGAUCCGGCAGUACAGUUUGGACAUGUCACCUUUCGAGGGCUGCUACCAGAAUGUGGGAUUGGUGGCUGUGGGUCACUCUCUACCGCCCAGCGCCGUGACCGAGAUCAAACUGCACAGCAACAUGUUUAUGUUCAGAGCCAGCUUGGACAUGAAGCUCAUCUUCCUGGACUCCAGGGUAGCUGAGCUGACAGGCUACGAGCCACAGGACCUCAUCGAGAAAACGCUGUACCAUCACGUCCACAGCUGCGACAUGUUCCACCUCCGCUGUGCGCACCACCUCUUGCUGGUAAAAGGCCAAGUCACCACUAAGUAUUAUCGCUUCCUGGCCAAGCACGGGGGCUGGGUGUGGGUCCAGAGCUACGCCACGAUUGUCCACAACAGCCGAUCGUCGAGGCCUCACUGUAUUGUCAGCGUCAACUACGUCCUCACGGACACGGAGUAUAAGGGAAUGCAGUUGUCCUUGGACCAGAUGAGCCCCACCAAGCCAGCUUUCCCCUACGCGGACAGUCACAGUGAGGACAGGAAGAGCACCAAGUCACGUCUCACCCAGUCCAAGGCCAAAGCCAGAGUGUCUCCCUACCCGCAGCAGUUUUCGGCUUUCAAUCCAGAACGUUCAGAGUCGGAUCAAGACAGCCAAUGGGGAGGAAGCCCGCUGACAGACUCUGCCUCUCCUCAGCUGUUGGACCCCAGUGAGGCCACGGAGGCGUCCUGCGCCUACCGCCUAUAUCCGGACUCGGGCCCCCUGUGCUACGGCCUGGGUCUAUCGGAGGAAGAUCUCGCCCACGCCCAAACUCACCCUCACACCACCACCUGUGACCGCGUCCGAUGCCAGAGUGGACGCUACUUCCUGGGAGCUCCCCAGUCGGGAAGGGAGAUGUGGUGGGACACCACGCGCUCUGUGUUGUCGCUGCCAAAAUUCUCGGUGGAGAACAGCGAGGGCUACGAAAUCACAUCCUACCAUGGCGCCAUUCACGGACGAGGCCACUGGGAUGAAGAUAGUGUGGUGAGUUCACCUGACGGAGGCGGGUCCACCAGUGAUUCAGGUGACCGUUACCAUGGAGACCAAUUCCAAGCAAGCCCGCGAGAGCCCAGCAAGAUGGAGACCCUGAUCCGUGCCACCCAGCAAAUGAUCAAAGAGGAAGAGAGCCGCCUGCAGCAGCACAAGCCGCCGCUGGAUGUCUCCGGCCUCACGAAAACUCACAGUUCGUGUUUCACCUCCGCCCUAGCCCACCACUCUCAGCUCAACAUGCCCAGCGUGGUGUGUCGUGGGCCCGGAGCUCCCAGCAUCGACCUCCCCUCCGAACGCCUCCAUCACAGAGACGCUAGCAAAGUGCUCGGCCCCCAUGACAAUGACGAAAACACGACCAGCCCCGCUUCUUUGUCUCGUCUCAGCAGCCCCAGCUCCGACGGACUCCCCAGGUCGGGCCUGUCCCUCACCAAAGACUACAUGCAGGCGGAUCUGUCCCCGCACCCUCCCCAGCCCCAGGGGAGUCCGCUGCUCUAUCAAGCGCAGGAGAGGCAGCCACUGGACAGACAAGCGGCCUACGCCUUGACCGGGUACUCCCUGGAGCACUUGUACGACCCGGAGAACUUGCGGAGCUAUUCCAGCCUGGCCUGCGGGGGAGUCCAGUACGACGUGGCGUCUCAUGUGAGAAUGCAGGCCGAGCAGAUACAAGGACACAAGGCAACCUCAGUCAUCAUAACCAACGGCAGCUGACGAUAUCUGGUGCAGAUAGGUCCUGUUGUCUAAAUGACAAUGUCGCCAUCGGUGACAACGUAUGCAUGUGCAAAACUGACCAGGUGCUUGAUAUAAAGGAGGAGUAUAUAAGGAGAGACAAUGAGGAUAUAAGGCACCUAUGCUGGGUUGAUGCGCCCUUGGUGGUUCUUUCAGCAGGCCUUUGUAUCAUACUCUUUUCUUUAUCAUCAGAGGAUGAUUCUCCGAGACUCUACAGAACUAGUGUUCAGGAACUGACAUUCAAUACGCCACCUGACACGGGAGGAGGGGGAUGUGUGUGCUCCAUUAAAUGGGAAUACAGUGUUAUUUUCAUGGCGGUGAACUGAAGUCCUCCUCCCUGCAAAAGGCUGGUUAAACAUCAAGCUAGUGUUUCUGUCCCAAACCUGUCACGCACCAUUGGGCAUGUGAGUUAAUCUGUCCCGGACACGGUUUCCAAAGGCAGUAAGAAAAUGUGUUGUUCCAUUGCCCUUUCACCUGAAAUCUCCAUUGCACAGAGCAUAAUGUUUGACACGCAACGUGCAACACAGGAAAGGCAAGCGUUUCGCUAUUGUAAGAUGUCAAUGUUUCCUGGUAUUUAUUUGUCAGUGGGCUGUUUUCUGUAUGUGUCUUUUUUUCAGUCCCAGUAGAAUGUUAUUAUUACGGUGGCAUUAAUUAGUUUUGGUGUUUGGAUCGCACCAAUAUUAGAUUAAAAAUAUUAAAUUAAGCUGAAGAAAAAAAAACGGGAAGAAAUGCCUCUGAAUUGUAAAAGGCUAAAAGAGGUCAACUUGAAACAGUUUUAAUGUAUAGUUGAAAGGCCAUUAUUUAGAGUGCAAAGACAAAAAUGACUUGUUUGACAUCUCCCCACGUGCUCUUAUUAGAUAUUUCUAGGAAGGCUCUCAGUGAUCCAGGUUAUGGUAUAUUAAAAAAAAAAAAAAAAAACUAAAACAAA